CUGCUGGCUGUACAAAGACUGCACAUCAGAGCGAGUUGGUUCAGGUUUGCGCAAUAAAAUGUUAUUUAAACCAGGUUUGGACUUUGCUGUCAGUGAAGGAUUCUGCAGUCUGAGCUGUACUUGUGGACGAGGCAUCAUGGCUGCAAGACAAUGUGUCAAACCUGUGAUGUACAGGUUCUGUGGGCUCCUGGUGCUCCUCACUCUGUGUCUCAGUGGACUCGAUGCACAGAGCAGACCAGCUGUUAACCAGGAACUGUCCGAUAUUUUCAACGAGCUGUGGAGGUUGGAUGAGAACCGCCUGACUCCUGUGACCGACUACAACAUCUCUGUUCAGGGUAGAGCCAGCUUUGUAAACCAAGGCAGCCACGUUGUGCGGGAUUAUGCUUUACAGCCUCUGUUCUCCAAUGUCAAUGAGAACAAACUGGCCAACACAACCACGUACUCCCGCUUCAUGAAACUCCUGAACAACUAUGAGCGGUCCACUGGGGUGGCUGAGCAAGUCACAGCAGAAGAAGAGACUGAGAUUGAUCUCUUCCUGACUGCGGUCCUAGAGACAAAGGUCAUGAAGCGGGCUCAUCAGUACCUGGUGAGCAAAGCAAAGUCCAACUCUGACCUGAGGCGCUUUAAGAGUCAGCUGAAUUUGAUCUGGUUCAACCUGUACCGCCGGCAGAGAAACUCGGGUGUGGACUCCUGUGGAUUCGAGCAUGUGUUUGUUGGAGAGACAAAAUCUGGAACAGACAUCAUCGGUUUUCACAACUGGAUCCAGUUCUACCUGCAAGAAAAAAGCAUGCACUUGGACUACAAAGGAUACAAGGCCAGGAGCCUUGACUUACCCGAUCAAGACGACCACGUUCUGAACCUCCAGUUCAGCUGGCAUGGUUUGGUUAAGCCCGUUGGCAGUGCCUUCAUCGGGACAAGCCCAGAGUUUGAGAUGGCGAUCUUCACCAUCGUCUUUCUCAUGAACACAGAACGGAGCACCACGGUGCUGGUCAACAUUGACCAGUGUCGGAUGGAGCUGGUGGUCAUCAGACAUGGACGCUCCCUCGGGACGGCGUACCCCAAACUGCUGAGCAGCAACAGCAGACAUGUUACGCCACAGCACUCGGGCUGAUGUGUAAUCGUUGUUCACGCUCGACAAGCUCAGGUACAAACUGGGGUUUAGAGAGACCACAGACCUUCUUAGUAUAGGAAAUAGAUGUAUAAACAUCUCAUUUCUUUGAAGACCUCUGUAAACAUGAUUUAUUUGUGAUGAAAAUGCUAUUUCAAUAAAAGUGAACAAUUUGGUCAUUUAUUAACUGUCCUUUAAAUCAACCUUUGUAAUGCAUUAAAAUUACUUUCAUUGUAAGAUGGACAUUGUAUGUGGAAGAACUACUUAAAUCAUUCCUAAUGUUCUCAAGUAUCAACAAAUUGCUAAUUUUGAAGAAUGACUAAGUCCCUUAAUGCUGACUGUAAUUGGACAUUUUAGUUUGAAUGGAGACUGCAGUACAUUCAGUGCAAUAAAGACAAAUAUUGGACGUGA